AUGAGCUUAUUAAGUGUUCGAAAGCCUAACAAGUGCAUAAUGUCGACCGGAACAGAAAUUAUCAGUGUAACGAAGAGAAAAGAUGGAUUCCAGUUUGUUGGAAAUCUCGAAUCAGAUUUUGAGAGUGAUAUCGAGAUGUCUGAUAGCGAGAACCAAAAUCAGAUAUCUGGGGAGGCGCAAGAUGGAAGUAUAGUUACCCCUGGUGAACUGGUCACUGACGAUCCAGUUUGGAUGCGAGGACAUGGUACUUACUUUUUGGAGAAUAAAACGUUUGCGUCGGUCGCUGGAACUGUGUCGAGAGUAAAUAGGUUACUAUCAGUGAUUCCGUUGAAAGGACGCUAUUCGCCAGAGACUGGUGAUCACAUUAUAGGCCGGAUCGCAGAAGUGGGAAACAGAAGAUGGAAAGUCGAUAUCGGAGCCAAACAAUACGCUGUUUUAAUGUUAGGUUCUGUCAAUUUGCCGGGUGGUGUGUUAAGAAGAAAGUCUGAAAGCGAUGAAUUGCAAAUGAGAAAUUUCUUAAAGGAGGGGGAUUUACUCAAUGCCGAAGUUCAAUCACUUUUUCAAGAUGGUAGUGCCUCCCUGCACACCAGAUCCCUUAAAUAUGGAAAAUUGAGAAACGGCGUUUUCUUACAAGUGCCAAGUUCACUCGUUGUUAGAUCGAAGAAUCAUACACACAACUUACCAGGAAAUGUUACAAUCAUCCUAGGAGUAAAUGGUUUUAUUUGGUUAAGACAAACAUCUGAAAUCGAUCUCUCUAACCAUGGAUCUACGAUUUCAAAUGUUAAUGUCCCAUCCAUAGGACCAAGUACAGGAGAGUACAAGCCCGGACAAAACAGCGUGGCAAUCACAAGAUUAGAAGAAGAGUCAUCAUGGGAAAUUUAUUCAGACAAGAAUGAUCCUAUUUCCAAUGCCGUCAAACAAACUAUAACAAGAUAUGCUAAUGUAAUCAGAGCACUCGCUCAUUGUGAGGUAGGCAUAGCAGAGUCAAGGGUGAUAAGUGCAUAUGAGGCUAGUAUGGCUUACGAUGACAUAGGUUCUUUGAUUGAAAAAGAAACUAUGGAGGCAAUAGGUCGCGAUGUCAUAAAUGGCGAAAAAAUGAGGGGAAAUGCCUAA